AUGGCGCGGUGCUCUACGUGCGAUCGUUUCUCGAGGUUCAUGGAGACGGACGAGUUCGCGGUGCCGCCACGUCCCGCGCUCGUGCACCCGGACGCCGUCGGCGUCCGCAUCCCGUCGAGCGUAUUCUCCCCCGAGGAGCCGGCGGCGUUCAGGGAACGAGAGCGGCGACACGGCGGUGAUGACAUGGCCGCGUCCCCGGGGUACUCGCCGUUCCUGCCGUCGUCCGCGCCCCUCGUGGGGCGCCCGGUUUCGAUCAGCCUGCCGGCGUCGCCGACCGGCGGGUUCGACAUCUCCAGCAGGAUGGAGGCGGAGCUGCAGCGGGAGCGGGACGCCGCCGUCACGGACGCGCCGCCGCGGAUGAUGAUGCUGCCGCCGCGCGCCCCGGCGGCGUCGGUGGCCAUGGCGCUCGCGCAGCCUAACAAGAUGGUGUUCCGGUCCCAGCCGAUCCCCGCUGCGCCGGCGGAGGGCGAUGGCGCCAACCGGGGCCACGACGACUUCGCCCGGAGCGCGUCGGCGCCGUACGCGGCGGCGACGGCGCCGCCGGCCAAGGCGCGCAGGAACAGCAGGGACACCAGCUACGACUCGUUCAAGACGUGGUCGGGCAAGCUGGAGAAGCAGAUCACCACGCACCUGCUCGGCAGCAGCAGGCUGCCGCUGGCGCAGCAACAGCCGCAGCAGGGGGAGGAGCCGGAGGAAGACGACGCGGCGAGCGACCACCGCAUCUCCUCCAUGCCCAGAGUGCAGCGCUUCUUCGCCGCGCUGGAAGGCCCCGAGCUCGACAAGCUGAGGUCCUCGGAGGAGCUGAUCCUGCCGUCCGAGAAGACGUGGCCGUUCCUGCUCCGGUUCCCGGUGUCGGCGUUCGGCAUGUGCCUGGGCAUGAGCAGCCAGGCCAUCCUGUGGAAGCGGAUCGCCAUCUCGGCGUCCACGCGGUUCCUGCACAUCACCGUCAAGAUCAACCUGGUGCUGUGGUGCGUCUCCGUCGCGCUCAUGCUCGCCGUGUCCGCGCUCUACGCCUGCAAGCUCGUCUUCUACUUCGAGGCGGUGCGGCGCGAGUACUACCACCCGAUCCGCGUCAACUUCUUCUUCGCGCCGUGGAUCGCGUGCCUGUUCCUGGCGAUCGGGGUGCCGGACCUGGUGGCGGCGACGCUCCCGCACUGGCUCUGGUACGUGCUCAUGGCGCCCAUCGUGUGCCUGGAGCUCAAGAUCUACGGGCAGUGGAUCUCCGGCGGGCAGCGGCGGCUGUCCCGCGUGGCGAACCCGUCCAACCACCUCUCCAUCGUCGGAAACUUCGUCGGCGCGCUGCUGGGCGGCAUCAUGGGGCUCAAGGAGGGGCCCAUGUUCUUCUUCUCCGUCGGGCUAGCGCACUACAUCGUGCUGUUCGUGACGCUAUACCAGCGGCUGCCGACGAGCGAGACGCUGCCCCGGGACCUGCACCCGGUGUUCUUCCUGUUCGUGGCGGCGCCCAGCGUGGCGUGCCUGGCUUGGGCGCGGAUCACCGGCGAGUUCGGCUACGGCUCCCGCGUCGCCUACUUCAUUGCCAUGUUCCUGUACGCGUCGCUGGCCGUGCGCAUCAACCUGUUCCGAGGGUUCAGCUUCUCGCUGGCGUGGUGGGCCUACACGUUCCCGAUGACCAGCGCGGCCAUCGCGUCCAUCCGCUACUCGUCCGAGGUGAAGAACGCGUUCACGCAGUGCAUGUGCAUCGGCCUGUCGGCGGCCGCGACGCUGGCCGUGGCGGCGCUCUUCCUCACCACGGUGCUGCACGCGGUGGUGCACCGCGACCUCUUCCCCAACGACAUCUCCAUCGCCAUCACGGAGCGCCGGCGCAGCAAGCCCCUCGUCGGGGAGAAGAUGCUGCUCCGCCUGCGCAGUGCCGGCGGCAGGAAGAAGCUAAAGCAGGUGCUCUCCACCGCCCCCUCCGACGCCGCCGACCUCGAGGCCGCGCGCGUCGCCACGACGACAUCGUACACGUAG